GAGAGAGUGUGAGGUAGCAACAACGCAGACAGGCAGAGAAGAGCUAGGCAGAAGAGCAUGCCACCCUGGGGAAAUCCAGUCUGAAGAGGAGGUUGGUCAGUAACAAGUGCCCACAUCCAACUCAGCAGACUGUUGAGGGCAGAGGAGAGGAGAGGAAGGGCCUUGAAGACGAAGGAAGAGAAGUAGGAAGCAGAAGCGUACCUGCGGGGAGGCACCACGGACAGCGGCUGAGCCCCCCCAGCCUUGCCGUUCACCAGGAAGCAUGCAGGGGCCCAGUGCUUAGAGCUGAGGAAGAUGGCUGACAUCCAGAACAUUUCGCUGGACAGCCCAGGGAGCGUGGGAGCUGUGGCAGUGCCUGUGGUCUUUGCCCUCAUCUUCCUUUUGGGCAUGGUGGGCAAUGGGCUUGUGUUGGCUGUGCUGCUGCAGCCUGGCCCAAGUGCCUGGCAGGAGCCUGGAAGUACCACAGACCUCUUCAUCCUCAACUUGGCGGUGGCCGAUCUCUGCUUCAUCCUGUGCUGUGUGCCCUUCCAGGCGGCCAUCUACACGCUGGAUGCCUGGCUCUUCGGGGCCUUUGUGUGCAAGACCGUGCACCUGCUCAUCUACCUCACCAUGUACGCCAGCAGCUUCACUCUGGCGGCUGUCUCGGUAGACAGGUACCUGGCCGUGCGCCACCCGCUGCGCUCCCGGGCGCUGCGCACACCCCGCAACGCUCGCGCCGCAGUGGGGCUGGUGUGGCUGCUGGCGGCGCUCUUCUCGGCGCCCUACCUCAGCUACUACGGCACGGUGCGCUACGGCGCGCUCGAGCUCUGCGUGCCCGCCUGGGAGGACGCUCGGCGGCGCGCGCUCGACGUGGCCACCUUCGCCGCGGGCUACCUGCUGCCGGUGGUCGUGGUGAGCCUGGCCUACGGGCGCACUCUGUGCUUCCUGUGGGCGGCCGUGGGUCCCGCGGGCGCGGCGGCGGCCGAGGCGCGCAGACGGGCGACGGGCCGCGCAGGGCGAGCCAUGCUGGCGGUGGCAGCGCUCUAUGCGCUGUGCUGGGGCCCGCACCACGCGCUCAUCCUCUGCUUCUGGUACGGCCGCUUCGCCUUCAGCCCGGCCACCUACGCCUGCCGCCUGGCCUCCCACUGCCUCGCCUACGCCAACUCCUGCCUCAACCCGCUCGUCUACUCGCUCGCCUCGCGCCACUUCCGCGCGCGCUUCCGCCGCCUCUGGCCCUGCGGCCGCCGCCGCCACCGCCACCACCGCGCCCAUCGCGCCCUCCGUCGUGUCCAGCCAGCGUCUUCGGGGCCCGCAGGUUACCCCGGCGACGCCAGGCCUCGCGGUUGGAGUAUGGAACCCAGAAGGGAUGCCCUGCGCGCUGGAGAGACUGGACUAGCUCUGUCCGCCCGGGGAGCGCAAUAAACCCUGCCAGCCUGGACUCUGCCGGCUGUCUGUCCUCUUCCCUGGGUGGCACAGUGUCGCCGAGGAGUGUCUAGAGGGCCUGGCUCCACCGCAGAGCAGAGGCAGAGUUGCAGCUCUAAUCCAAAGGACACCUGGGCGGUUAAAUGUGGUCCACCCAACCGUUAGACACAGUGUCCCAAAGCCAGUCUGGCAGGAGAAUAGCCCAUUCACCCAGCCUGCACCUUCCAGGCCCUGUUUUCUUCUACUACCUCUGACUGCCCCUUUUUGCUCCCAAGCCAUAACCUAGGUGUUUUGUUUUGUUUCAUUGGAGAGAGAGAGAGAGAGAGAGAGAGAGAGAGAGAGAGAGAGAGAGAGAGGCAGAGACUGAUUCAAGUCGUCUAGGCUGGCCCGGAACUGCCUACUGUAGCCAAGGAUGAACUUCAACUCUUCCCCCGCUUCUCUUCUCUUACCCAAGUGCUGGGCUGACAGGCACCCCAGACUCCUGGCUUGUUCAGGCAGGGACUAACAAUUCUUUCCUUGGCUACUCUGUAACCUCACAGAAUGCUAUAUUUAAUCAUCAAGACAGCUUUGUAAGGCAGGGUAGAUAUGAUUAAUCUUAUUUUAAAGACGUAGAAAUCAAGGAUCAGAGAGAUCACACAGGGAGAGGCUAGAUCCAAAUCCGUGGCUGCCUAACACUUGUUACUCAAUGGCCUUUCUUUGCUUCCUUAAGGCUUCCAUUUGUCUUUUGUU